UGCCACGUCAGCAGCAACGGAUACCACAUCAACAGGCCCCCGCCCGGUCUAUGCUGUUGCGAUCUCAAACAGCAGUCAUGGACCAGACGCUCGGGGAAGCAGACGAGGCCUAUCAGGCCCGCAUGCUGGCCUGGAGUACCGAGACAAAGAAACGGGCAGAUGGCGCUGGAGCAGCAGCGAAGAAGAAGGCCGAGGAUGUCGAGCAGGCACGUUUGCUGGCACUUGAACAACACCGCCAGCAUGACGAGGCAGCAGCAAGGGCUGCCGAUGAAGAAAGGAACCAGUGUCGAGAGAAGAUAUUUACCGGAGAGCGGGCGUUACUGACAAUGGCAGCGGAAUGGCGAACCGAAGCGGAGGAUGGCAAGUUGGAGGUUAGCGCAAACAAGAUCGCGCUCCUCCUCUCGCACCUCACAAAUCUUCUCGCAACCUGCAUUACACAGCAGGCGGCGAUCCUCGGUCUCGACACCUCGCUAGCUCACGUCCAAGACCGCCUUCAGCGGUUGGAGCAGCAACCAGUUGCCGCCGCCAACGCAAGCUCUUCCAACGCUGCCGACCGACUCAAUGCAUUGGAGAUGGACGUCGGCUCACUCAAGGAUGGCAUGCAAUUACAGCAGACCGCGACGCAACAGUUGCAACAACGGAUCUGCACUACCGCCACCACCUCGAGUUCAGAACUGCGCGAGACAACUCCAAAGUUCGAUGGGCAGGAGAUCUUCUGCGACUCAAUGAAGACAAAUCCGAUUCCAUGGUUUUGCAAGUUCAAGCUCACGCUGCAGCUCCACAACAUCAAGGAACUCAAGCACCACGCAUACUUGUACUCUCGCUCAGGGGGCGCGUGUCAGGCUUGGUUGGACAACCUGUUGUCCAAGUACGGAGUGGUAGCCAACGACUUGCACACCAAGAUCAGUUGGGAUGAUCUGAAGGCAGCGUGGCACAAGCGGUUCCAGGUGGAGCCUCCGGAGAUCAAAGCCAUGGACAAGCUCAUGGUCUUCGAGCAAGGCACGCUGCCGAGUACGGACAGGAUCGUCGAGUACCAACGCUUGACGUCAGUCCCAGACAUYCAGAUGGGCUUCAAGGCCAUCCGCCACUACUUCAUCUCAAGGUCAUGUCCGGCAUUAAGCAAUGCCCUGACUCAUGUCGAGGACACCUUGACGACGACGGCAGAGUUGUUCGACAAGGCUGCGCAGAUCAUUAUCACGAACAAGGAGGCCAAGAACCUCCGUUCAUCGGCGUCAGGCCCGAUCAGGGACCAGCAUCGGCCAAGAGUGGCCGUGGUCACAGCGUCAGCGCCGUUGGACCAAACCAGCGAGGCUGUGUCUGCCAGUUCACAGCCGCCCGGGAAGGUUGGGCAAGCGUCCUGCAGCACUUUGCUGGAUAGCGGCGUGUCUCGCAACUUCAUGAGCCAGUCCUUUAUGCAAAUGGCUGGCCUUGGCGCACAAGUUCAAAGGAAGGCAAACCCGACGACGAUCAAGUUGGCGGAUGGAGAGACGCAACAACUUCUCGACCGUUACAUCGAGGUCGUACCGGUCUACUUCGCACCUUAUGCAUGCGAACCGGUAACAUUCGAUAUUCUUGAUACGGACUUCGACAUCAUUUUGGGAAUGCCUUGGCUUGCAAGUGCGGAUCACACGAUCAACUUCCACCGGCGGACUCUUAGCGUUCGCGACGCCUUCGGCGCGGAAGUGGCGUGUACUAUUCCUCUACCGCACCCUUCGAUCCGGUGCCAAGUGGUGACGGCCAAAUCAUUCCGGGCGACUUGCGCUUACGAGCAGCCCGAGGAGAUUGACCUAUGUUUUCUACGGACCGUCGCGGUAGCCGACUCUUCACCCACGGACUUGUCUUCGGACCCCCGUGUGGUACGGUUGCUGGACGAGUUCGCCGAUAUCUUCGAGUCACCUACCGGUGUGGUGCCAGAUCGGCCGAUCUCUCACGAGAUCAUUCUUGAGGCCGGUGCCGUGCCGCCGAGAGGUUGCAUUUAUCGGAUGAGCGAGGAGGAACUUGAGGUCCUCCGCGCACAACUCGACGAUUUGUUGACCAAGGGUUGGAUCCGCCCUAGCAGCUCCCCAUAUGGAGCACCAGUUCUCUUCGUCAGGAAGAAGAACAAGGAUCUACGACUAUGUAUCGACUACCGCAAGCUCAACGCACAAACCGUCAAGAAUGCGGGGCCUCUUCCUCGCAUCGACGAUCUUCUUGAGCGAUUGGGCGGCGCAAAAUAUUUUUCCAAGUUGGAUUUGAAAUCAGGAUAUCAUCAAAUCUCGAUCCAGCCGAACGACCGCUACAAGACCGCGUUCAAGACGCGGUACGGACAUUUCGAGUGGGUGGUCAUGCCUUUUGGCCUCACCAACGCCCCGGCGACCUUUCAGGCGGCAAUGACCAAUGAAUUCCGUGCAAUGUUGGACCGGUUUGUGCUGGUCUACUUAGACGAUAUUCUCGUCUAUAGCCGGUCAUUGGAGAAUCAUCUUGGGCAUCUUCGACGAGUGUUGGAGACGCUCCACCGCGCCAAGUACAAGGCCAACCGCGACUUGGUGUUAACGACAUUCCCAUCACUCUCCCUCCUUUCGUUUGUUCCCUACCUCUUCGUCUGUGUAUGUCUGAACCUGACGCUUCUUCCUGUGUACAGCGCCAGGCUCCCUCACACUCGGUGAUGGGUAUGAUGCAUGUUUGGUCUGGGUUCAAACAUUGAUUGGGCUCGUUAUCAGUAUUCUAGCAUUCUGCUUUGCUACUUGUUACUACGUGAGUGAGAUUCGUAAAACUGGCUAUGGUUUAGGCGUCACACAGCGCCUGCCAAGCCAUCAGAUGGCCAAUUGGGGAGGUAAACGUCAGAGAUGCCAGAGCCGGCUUGCUGUUAUUUGCCUUGUUGUUUUUUGUUUUCUGUUUCGUUGCUUUUGUGGCUUUUGCAAGACUAUACAAUGUCAUGCGUUCAUUUGAUGGGCAUACCUGGCUGCGGGGACACGUUUUUUAGUGUUGCUUAUAAGCAUACUUUGCAACACACAACGUGCCGCGGCAUGGCUGCAGAAAAAUUGAUGGUACGUAAAAAACAAACACGCACGCACACG